AUGGCGACGCACACGUCCGCGUCGGCAGUCUUCCCGCUCCCGAUCACCACAGUCUGGCCGGUCUUCCGUGACUUUCUCUUCCCUGGCCGCCUCAUCUCCACCAUCGAGGCAUGCGAGCUCGUCGAGGGUGACGGCGCGACGUGCGUCGGCGCAGAGCGAGUCAUCCGCUGGAAGACUGGCGAGGAGCGGCGGCAUCGGCUGCUGGAGCUUUCCGACGAGCACUACUCGAUCUCGUGGAACCUGGUCGGCGCCAACCACCCAACAGAGACCAUGAGUGUCCUCUCGCACAUCCGCUGCUUCCCGAUUACCGAGGACAACACCACGCUUGUCGAGUGGUCGUCCGACUUCUCGGCAGACGUCUCGCCGAGCGUGCUCAAGUUUGAGCAGACAGCAUACGCCAAGUCACUCGCAGAAAUGCGCCGCAUCCUCGUCGAGAACGCCGCGGCUCCCGCUUCGUCCUCCGAUCUUGUCUCGGCAUCGUCGCCUGCACUGGCUCGUCACGGCGCGUCCUUGUCCGACGACGCCCACUCGUCGGUCAGUGCUGCGCCUUCUGCCCUCUGACGGCUCUUUCGCCUACAUGCCCUCCCCGAUCAGCCAAGC